AUGCAUAAUGCGUUUUUUUCAGAAUAUAUAGAUAAUAUAACAUGGUGUUAUGGCGUUACUAAAGAUCCGGAAUCUGGAAAUUUUAUGAUAGUAAUGGCAUAUGCAAAAGAUGGUAGCUUAAGACAACACUUAAAUAAAAGUUUUAAUUCAACAAAAUGGGAUGAAAAGUUGAGGAUUUUACAAAAUAUUGCAGAAGGCCUUAAUUAUAUCCAUCAAAAAGAGUUAAUUCAUCGUGAUUUUCAUUGUGGUAAUAUAUUAAUAGAAGACAAAUAUGCUUUCAUUACUGAUUUAGGAUUAUGUCGACCAGCGAAUGUAAAAUCAUCCCAAAAUGAAUGUAAAGAGCUAUAUGGAGUAUUACCAUAUGUGGCACCAGAAGUUUUAAGAGGAAAAGAAUAUACUCAAGAAAGCGAUAUUUAUGGAUUCGGAAUUAUUGCAUAUGAAGUCUGUACAGGGCUUCCUCCUUAUCAUGAUAUUGAUCAUGAUAAAUUUUUAUCCAUUAGCAUUUGUCAAGGACUUAGGCCAAAAUCAAAUUAUAAAAUCCCUCAAUUAAUUUUAAACAUAAUUAAACAAUGUUGGGAUGCAGAUCCUUUAAAACGACCUAAAGCAAACGAAUUACGUGGUUUAUUAAAUAAAUUAUAUGAAAAAUUAGAUAAUGAUGAAUCUGAAAUUAAAAAGCAAAUUAAAGAAGCAGAAAAGAUUAAUGAAAAGUUGACAUCAUCAUCUACUGGACCUACUCUUUCAUAUACUACAAAUCCUCAAGCAGUUUACACGAGUAGGCUUUUAGAUUUUAAAAAUCUUCCAGAACCAAAAAAUGCUAUUGAUAACAAGGAUGAUGAUAAUUCAUUUGGAGAAUAUUCAGAAUCAUUAGAAGCAUUGGAUUUUACUGAACUAGACCUAGAUAUGAUAUUUUAUUUGGAAUGUAUUGUUUAUUAUUAA